CCAAUCUAGUUCGUUUGGGAGAGUUCGAAGAGUGUUGUCCCCUUUCUUCCCAUCUUCCUACAUUAGCCUUGUUGGUCGCUGGUAAUCGAUCAAAAUCCUGGUCUCCUCCUCUCUCCUCUUCAUCUUCAGGAGCCUUGCUUGGGACUGAUCCUACCUGCAAUAGGCAAGAAAUCUUGGAAGCGUGGCACUGCAAAGCUCUCCAUUCCACUCGUUCUUUGGUUGUUAUCUUCGUGAUUUCUGCUCCUUGAUAGACUACACUUCAUUUUCUUUUGGAAUUUCGUUGUGAUUUCUUCCUUUUAGUGGACUACCCAGUUCCUGAGUUUCGUUUCUGAUUUGAUACACUAUGUCAAGAUUGGGUGAAGAUAACAAGGCCAAACACUUUGGUUACGAUUCUGAGAAUCAUGCGACCAAUCCAUUUGAUUCUGAUUCCGAUUCGGAGGCUGCUGCAACAACCCCUGUGAAGCCCCUCGGAUCUUCAACUAAGCCCUUUGUUGAGGUCUCAUCUAAGAAUCCCUUUGGUGAUGAAGAUACCACGCCUGCAAAGAAGGAGCCUUUUGGUCAGGCAAGUGGUGACAAGAAAUCCAGUUCCAUGAACCGUCAUACCGAAGAUGAAAAUGAUUCUCAGGCAAAUAAAUCUCUGAGCGGUAGUAGUCUGUACAGAAUCAAUAGUGCCAGAUUUGUUGCUCAAGUGAUGGAGAAGGCUGUUUCUUUUGGUGAAUCUGCUGUCAAAACAGCCGAGAGAUUGAAGGAAGCCGGGAUUGUUCAAUCUCAAAGACUUAUGGCGCGGAAUGCUGCCGAAGAGCAGAAGAGGCAGCGUGACGAAUUGUUCUCGGUUCAUAAAGAGAAGAGUGCUAUUGCAGCUGCUUCUCCUGCCGCUGUUUCUAGUUCGCCAUUUUCUCUCUGGUGGGCAUCGAGAAGCAGAUACAAGAAUGACUCUCGCGAUGAGGGUGCAUUUGAAAAUCAGACCGUUGAGGACUUGGAGAAUUAUUCACUCUGCAAGUCUAAGGAGACGACAGAGACGGUAAAUGGCUGCAUGAAAAUUGCAGAAGAGAUUAGGGAAGAAGCAACAAAGACGUUGGUCAGUCUUCAUCAUCAAGGCGAUCAGAUCACAAGGGCACACGCGGACGCAGCCACCAUUGACUAUGAUCUUAGCAGGGGGGAGAAGCUGCUUGGUAGUCUGGGUGGAAUCUUCUCAAAAACAUGGAGACCAACUAAGACCCGACCAAUCUCUGGUCCUGCGAUUAUGGCAGAAGAUAGGACAGUGAAGAGAACGGUUCACUUAGAACAGAAGGAGCAGUUGGGAAUAUCCCAUAGUCCCAAACGAUGUUCUAAAGCUCAACAGUAUUCAAAUUCACAAACAACUGUUGGGGAAAGAAUUGAGAUAGAAAAUGCAAAGCAGGACGAUGCGCUUUCUGAUUUGAGCAACUUGCUGGGGGAGCUGAAGGUUAUGGCCAUUGAUAUGGGGUCGGAGAUAGAAAGACAACAUAAGGCAUUGGAUCACUUUCACAGUGAUGUGGAAGAACUGAACUACAGAGUGAAAGGUGCCAAUGUUCGUAGUCGGCGGUUGUUGGGAAAGUAAGCCACAGUGCUGCAAUAGCACCAAAUUUCUCCGUUAUCCCGGAUUGUUGUAAUGCAUUUGUUUGUUAUCAAUUUAUGAUCAUACACGUCAACUUUAGCAUAAUAUUCUUUUUCAUUUCAUUCUAUGUAACAAUAUAAUAAACUCUAGAUACUGCAUCUCCUUAGAGAGCAGUUUAUUCUUCAUCUGUAAUAUGUUUUGCUUCAUUUAUUCAAAUAGAGAAGAUAUUAAUUUAUUGUCAGGAAAUUUUAUCUAGUUUU